AUGGCCAAGCGGCUCCUGGUGACCUACGCCCUGUGGGCGCUGGGGGGCCCCGUCGGGCUGCACCACGUCUACCUGGGCCGGGACAGCCACGCCCUGCUGUGGAUGCUCACCCUGGGGGGCUUCGGGGUGGGCUGGCUCUGGGAGUUCUGGCAGCUCCCCGGCUGGGUGGCACGAGCCAAUGACACCCAGGAGCCGCAGCCCCGCAGCCCGGAGCCCCCGGCCCUCAGCCCCGUGCGCUUCUUCGGCCAGGUCCUGGUGGGGAUCUACUUCGGGCUGGUGGCAUUGAUCGGCCUCUCCUCCCUGGCUGGCUUCUACCUGCUGGCCCUGCCGCUGGCCGUGGGCCUGGGGGUGCAUGUGGUGUCCAGCGUGGGCGACCAGACCUCGGAUCUCAGGAGCACCCUGGUGGCGGCCUUCCUCACCUCCCCCGUCUUCUACGGCCGCGCCCUGGCCAUCCUGCCCGUCAGCCUGACGGCCAGCGUGACCGCCCAGCAGUGCCGGCGCUACAAACCCUGCCGGGGCACCCACGCGACGCUGCGCGCCCGGCUGUACCACCUGGGCCUGGCCUACCUGGCCUUCACCACCCCGCUGGCCUACUGCGCUUUCUGCAACACAGCCGCCACCGCCCGCUACGUGGCCGACGCCAUUGGCGCCGUCUUGGGUUGGCUCAGUUUCUUCCCGACCCUGGGCAGCUUCCUGGAGCAGCUCCUCCUCCUGCCCUACCGCGCCUGGAGGCUGCUGACGGAGGGUGCAAGCUUCGCGGCCGGCUCCUUCCAGGAGUGGGAGAAGGUCUAUGAGUUUGUGCAGAGCUUCCAGAGUGAGCGGCAGCAGCUGGCGUACAAGGUCUUGGGCCUCCGGGAUGGUGCCCCCGUGGAGGAGAUUCACAAGAGUUACCGGGAGCUGGUGAAACUUUGGCACCCGGAUCACAACCGCCACCGGGCGGAGGAGGCCGAGAGGCGGUUCAUCGAGGUGCAGGCCGCCUACGAGAGCCUCAUGCAGCCGAGGAAAGCCAAGCCCGCAUGA